UGUGUGUGAGUGUGUGUGAGUCGUCAGAGGGGAGGGGAGCCUCCAAGCGCAGUAGCAGUAACAGCAGCAGGGCUAGCAGCAGCAUCGUCGCCAGUGUGUGUGUGAGUGUGUGUGAGUGGGCGUGUGUGUGUGAGGGGUGGAGGGGAGCGGAGAGGGACUCCCAGGAGAAGGAGUCUUGGUCGGGGUGUAGAGCCAGCCUCUCUCCCUCUCCUCCACAGCAGGACCUGGACCUCCAGAGCCAGGGGACUAGGUGGAUCUGUAGCCCAGCCUGGAGCACUGGAAGCUGGGGAGCUCCCUCCCCCUCUCUGGAGGGCUGUUCGGUGGGAGCGGGAGCUCAGGAUAUGUGUGACUCAGGGGGACUGCCAGACGGAUCUGAGAGACAGCAACGGGGAAGAUUCCGUUACCUCUAACCGUUAACACUACUGCUCCUGCCUUGGAGAGGACGAGGAGGAGAGGAAAAGAGGGGUGAAGGGAGGGGGACAGGGGGACUUUGUGUUUGCUGUAACAGAGGAAAAGAGGUGGAGGGUAGGAAGAGUGAUCUCUCGUCCCAUGACUUUCCCUCAGGGUUUGCUUUGGGACCUUUGACUGUUGGCCGAUUGGACAGACAGUGGCACUUAUCUUACAACCUGUCACUGUAACAACUGUCAGGUUGUUGCUGGGUUACUGUCCCCUUGGCGACCCGACCAUGUCGGUGACCACAGGCUUCAGCUACCAGCUGCCUGGCAUCACCACUGUAACCUAUGUGUUUGUUUACAGCCCGGGCACGGUACAGCGGGACCCCAGCCCCCCCACCCACACCCCCCCUGCCAUUACCGGCGCCAGCGGGCCAAAGCGGAAACUCUACAGUGCCGUGCCGGGACGCACCUUCAUUGUGGUCAAACCGUACACGCCACAGGGCGAGGGAGAGAUCCAGCUGAACCGUGGAGAGAGGGUCAAAGUGUUGAGUAUAGGAGAAGGAGGCUUCUGGGAGGGCACGGUCAAGGGGAGAACAGGCUGGUUCCCUGCCGACUGUGUGGAGGAGGUUCAGAUGAGACAGUACGACCCUCGGCUAGAGACAAGAGAGGACCGCACAAAGAGACUGUUCAGACACUACACUGUGGGAUCCUAUGACAACCUCUCCUCAUACAGUGAUUACAUCAUAGAGGAGAAGAAUGCUAUGCUGCAGAAGAAAGAAAACGAAGGAUUCGGCUUCGUCCUACGGGGAGCCAAAGCUGAGACACCCAUUGAGGAGUUCACCCCAACACCAGCAUUCCCUGCCCUCCAGUACCUGGAGUCUGUCGAUGUGGAGGGAGUGGCCUGGAGGGCAGGGCUUAGGACAGGAGACUUCCUCAUAGAGGUGCACGGGGUGAACGUGGUGAAGGUGGGCCAUAAGCAAGUGGUGUCUCUGAUUAGACAGGGGGGCAACAGCCUGCUGAUGAAGGUGGUCUCUGUCACACGCAAACCUGAGUCUGAGGAGGUAGUCCGCAAGAAAGCUCCCCCGCCACCCAAAAGAGCCCCCAGCACCACCUUGACGCUGCGCUCCAAGUCCAUGACUGCCGAACUGGAGGAACUGGCUUCCGUCCGGAGGAGGAGAGGAGAAAGGCUAGAUGAGAUGCUAGCGCCCCAGGAGCAUUUGACGUUACGUUCCCAGCCCACAGAGGCCGACUACAGAGCUGCUACUGUCAAACAGAGACCUACCGGCAGGAGAAUCACAUCAGCAGAGAUCAGUUCGCUGUUUGAGAGGCAGGGCAUGGCAAUACAUGGUGGGCUCCACCCAGGGAUAGAGAGGGCUCAUAUGCAGCUGCCUAGAGGGAUGUCCAGGACCAAGUCAUUCGGUGCGACUGAGGAGGACCGACUGUCGGCUUUGGCUGGAGAACACCGUUUCCCCCGGAGCUCUUCCAUGACUGACAGCCUCCGAGACCACUCCCACUCCCAUUCUAUCCCGCCCCCUCCCCAGACUGCCCCCCCUCCUCCCCCCUCCCUCUACUACCUGGACACUGGCCCUCCCCCCUCCUUCUGCCCCCCUCCUCCCCCUGCCAGGGGUCAAGGUCAAGGUCAUGAUCCUGGAGGUCGUUCCAGCUUCAAGCCCUCCUCCCUGGACCUGGACCGGCCCUACGACCCAUCGCACCGCCAGUCCUCCCAUCUCGAACGCCAGAAGAAGACAAGGUCAAUGAUUAUUCUACAAGACUCCUCCCACUUACCCGUGGAGCCCACCGACAUCCCCCGCCCCUCUGCCUCUGCUACACCACCCGAGCGAAUUAAAAGGAAAGGACGGGUGAUUGACAACCCGUACGCCAAUGUGGGCCAGUUUAGUAUUGGGUUGUACACGCCCACCAAGCCCCAGCGCAAGAAGAGCCCUCUGGUGAAACAGCUACAGGUGGAGGACGCUCAGGAGAGAGCCAGCAUCGCCUUGGCUGCCGCACACUCCCGAGAGCCCUCCCCCUCAGGUCGACACCCACACACCCACGGCCACACACACACCAGCCGGGCCGACUACUACCAGCAGCAGCUGAUGGUGGAGCGCGAGCGUAUGCGUCUCCAGGGAGAGGCCUUGCUGCAGGGGAAAGGGCCGUUCGCUGCCGCUAUCGCCGGCGCUGUGAAGGACCGAGAGCGCCGUCUAGAGGAACGGAGGAAAUCAACAGUCUUCCUGUCAGUGGGGACCAUGGAGGGGGGGUCUGGGUCUGUCCCUGAGGCCCCCUCCUACACCACAUCUCGCUCCAUCGAUGAGCGCCUGCUCAGCAGAGAAUUUGGCCAGCUGCCACCCCCUGCCCUGGCCCUGCGUCCCUCACCUGGUGGCACUACCUUCAUCCACCCACUCACAGGGAAGCCCCUGGAUCCUAACUCGCCCCUGGCUCUUGCGCUGGCCGCAAGAGAGCGGGCACUUACCUCCCAGACCCAGUCCCCCGCCAGCAGCCCUGAGCCCAGGACUAAACAGGAAAGGGCUGGGGCUGGGGCUGGAAGUCAGGGGGCUUCGCUCUUCAUCGACAGCCAGACCAAAGAGCCUCAGGAUGGGGAUGGGAGUCCGGGGUCGCCCCAGGCUGGUAAACCCCAGUGGGGAGCAUCCUCACCCACCUUGCUUCGCCAGGAAAUGGAGGGAAGAGUAGAGGAGAGGAAGGAGGAGAGGAGAACGGAGGAUAAGAAGAGUUUGUUGAUCAGUAUCAUGGACACAUCCCAACAGAAGACGGCUGGACUAAUCAUGGUCCAUGCCACCAGUAACGGCCAGGCAGUGGGGCUGGAACCAGGGCUGGAGCAGACCCCCACCUCCACAGCCACCGAGCCCAGUAAACCCUCUCUCAGUCGGGUUCCAUCGCCCAGCCCCUCUGCCUCUCAGCCACAGGCCCAGCCCCAGGCCCAGCACCCCUCCAGCCCAGCCCAGGCUACCUUGGCCCAGGGCAGUUCAGAGGAAGAUGUGGAGCCCUACACAGUGAACCUACCUCCAGCCAUGCUGUCCUCAAGUGAUGAGGAGACCAGAGAGGAGCUGAAGAAGAUCGGGGUGCUCCCACCUCCGGAUGAGUUCGCCAACGGGUUGUUGGCCAAGGCACAAGCACUGGAACAAGCCCAAGCCCAAGCCCAGGGGACCCCUGUACCCCAGUCUAAAUCCGUCACCUCCCCCACAACAUCUACCACCCCUACUCCCCUCACCCCUUCCACCACCACCCCAACCCCCAGCCUGUCCCCCACCCAGCCUCAGGGCCCUCCUCUCCAGCCUUCCCCCGGAGGAGCAGUUGUCUCAGGGAAGCCCUCGGAACCGGACCAGCCCCAUCCUCCAGCCCUGCUGGCUGAGUCUGGUUCAGCAGCAGACUCUGGUGUGGAGGAGGCAGACACACGCAGCUCCAGUGAGAGAGAGCGAGACCACCACCUGGAGACCACCAGCACCGUGUCCACCGUCUCCAGCAUGUCCACUCUGUCCUCGGAGAGUGGUGAGCCCGCCGAUACACAUACCUCCUAUGCCGACGGGCAGACCUUUGUGCUCGACAAGCCACCAGUGCCUCCCAAGCCCAGGCUAAAAUCCCACAUCGGAGGCAGUAAAGGCCCGGUAACCUUCAGGGACCCGUUGCUAAAGCAGAGCUCUGACAGCGAGCUGUUAUCCCAGCAGCAGGCAGCUGCUCUUGCUGCAGCAGCGGCCGGAGGGGCAGGGCUGGGGCAUGGAGGCCUUGGGUCUGGAGGCCUGGGGUCUGGAGGCCUGGGGUCAGGCUCUAUAUCUGGUCUGGUGGGAGGCCCUGGGAGGCCCCGCUACCUCUUCCAGAGGAGGUCCAAGCUGUGGGGGGACCAGAUGGAGGCGCGAGGACCCGGGGUGGGGUUAGGGAUGGGGAGUCUUGGCAGUCUAGGGGGGUUGGGGCUAGGGCUGGGGGGUGAGGAGGGAGGCAAACCAUCGGUGAUUGGGGAACUGAGUUCCAGACUGCAGCAGCUGAAUAAGGAUACCAGGUCUCUGGGGGAGGAGGAGCCACUGGGGGCAUCGCUGGACCCUGGGAGGAAGUCCCCUGUGACAGGCGCCAGACUUUUCAGCAGUCUAGGAGAGCUCCACACCAUUUCCCAGAGAAGCUACGGCACUUCCUACACCAUCCGGCCCGGCAGCCGCUACCCCAUAACACGCCGAAUCCCAAGCCCUGGCUCGGGCUCCCCAGAUCGGGGUGACCCCCUAAGUCGACUCCCAGGCUUCGGCUUACCCAUUUCGCCCACCACGCCGCCCCACACCAUCCUCAAGUCAUCCAGCCUCAGCCUGCCCCAUGAGCCCAAAGAAGUGCGCUUUGUUAUGAGGAGCUCCAGCGCCCGGUCCCGCUCCCCGUCUCCCUCUCACUCUCCUGGGCUGGGCUCGCCCCUCCUGGCCCUCAGGCCCUUCCACCAGAAGCCCCUCCACCUGUGGAACAAGUACGACGUUGGAGACUGGCUGGAGAGCAUCCACCUGGGGGAGCACAGGGCCGGCUUUCAGGAGCAUGAGAUUGAGGGCUCGCACCUGCCAGCACUCACCAAGGACGACUUUGCUGAGCUGGGGGUGACGCGGGUGGGACACCGCAUGAACAUCGAACGAGCACUCAAACAGCUGCUGGAGAGCUGACCCCUGCCCUGAGAGAGAGAGAGAGAAAGAAAGAAAGAGGGAGAGAGAGAAAAAAAUGGAUAGACCACCCCAGUUUUAAACCAACUCCAUUUUAGGUCGCUGCUUUUCAUUUAUUUUUAUUCUGAUGUGUCUGAAAGUUUCAGUGAUUGCGUUCAUAUGCAGCUCUCAGCACUGCACUGAAUUAUGAAGUCCCUCCCCCAUCUCACAACCUAUCAGAUGAGUCCUCUGAAAGAGGCACAUAAACUCUUUGCAGAACAGAAUCUCGCAUGAGCUCCAAUUAGAACAUUUGAUUUGUGACUGCUUGAGUUGCUCCUUUCGUCACACCUUUAACCUAUCCCACAGACCUUUCCUUCGCUGUGCCGUUCUUCUUCUCCCUGUCCCUCCAUCUCUUUCCCUCCUGUUCAUUUAGCCUCUGAUGGAUCCCCAGUUUGUGUGAAGAAGAGGAGGAUGAAUCUUGUUCCAAACGGAAAGUUCAGUUGCCUUUCAAAAUAUUCUUACAGAGAUCAGCUACGUUGAACACAGGAGUAAAGACGCAGUACUGACCUAGUAUUGACAUAGAACUGACAUACUGAUACAGUACUGACCUAGUAUUGACAUAGAACUGACAUACUGAUACAGUACUGACCUAGUAUUGACAUAGAACUGACAUACUGAUACAGUACUGACACAGGCCUCUCUCCACUCUGCCUGGCAUUGUGUUUAACACUUGUGCCCAGAGACAGAGUUUGGUGUUGGAGACCACGUGGGGAGAACUCAUCUAUCCUGGGACCGUCUCACGGACUGACUGCUAUCUAUUAUAUUUGGAGAAUGUUUAACCAACACUA